AAGUCCAAAGGCUCUGAUGGUUGAGGUAUAGUUGGUGCUUAAACUAAAUUUGUUGUUGGGCUGUGAAUUGUUUUAGGGAGUGAGGUAACACAACAUUCAUCACAAAAUGGCUUCCCAGGUUUGUCAAAACUAUCACCAGGAUUGUGAAGCUGCUGUCAACAAGCAGAUUAACCUGGAGCUCACUGCCUCCUAUCUCUACCAGUCUUUGAUGUCGUACUUUGACCGGGAUGAUGUUGCCCUGCACCAUUUCUCCCAGUUCUUCAAAGCUCAGUCCCAGGAGAAGCAGGAACAUGCAGAGAAGCUGCUGAAAUUCCAGAAUCAGCGUGGAGGCAGAGUCCUCCUCCAGGAUGUGAAGAAGCCAGAGAAGGAUGAGUGGGGUAACGGGCUGCAGGCAAUGCAGGUUGCCCUGGAUCUGGAGAAGAAUGUGAACCAGAGUUUGCUGAAUCUACACCAACUCGCCACUGCCCAGACUGACCCUCAUCUGUGUGACUUCCUGGAGACUCACUAUUUGGAUGAGGAGGUUGAGAUCAUCAAGCGACUUGGGGACUACAUCACCAACCUGAAGCAUCUGGGAGCUCCUGAGAAUGGGCUGGGAGAGUACCUGUUUGACAGGCUCUCGCUGGAGGACAGCAAUUAGUGGGACAUGGGGUACUGUCUGCUCUUGUCUGAAUGCAUUACUGACUUCACUUGGACAAUCUGGCUCCUCCCUAGGGAAAAGGAAUAUGUUGGCAAGAAUGUAAUGGCUGUACGACCUGAAUGGAAAUGAAUAAAAUCUUAUACUGAUCUUGCUGAUGUGUCCAUCAUUCAGACCAUUCAUACUUCACAUGAAUUUGGUUAUCAAGCUCUCUUGAGGUGAUGCCAGUAAUCAUCCUGCAACUUUUUAGCCCAUAACAUCACUGGACUAAAACCACUUCACUAGAUGCUUUUUGCUCUGGUUCCCUGCCUGCAUCGCACUUCCACCACCCCCCCCCCCC